ACCAUAAUUAUACCAUCUAUGAAUCUACUUUCACACAUGCAAACAUGGCAUUGAAGCUGGAGCUAGAGGCCGAUGAAGGCCAGGAUCCAGGAGAUCUAGAGAGAGAGCACGAAUUAAACCAUAGUGUCAAAACAGAUGGGAAGAAAAAUAAUAAGUCACUUGUAGUGGACUACUUUGAAGACAAUGUCGAGGAGCUUAAUAGUGCCGAUUUCUCUCAACUUGAAAUCAUAAACGUUGUGACGUCCGUCUUCUAUGAUGAGGCAACUCGUCCAUCACUGGCAAAGCAGAGAAUAUGUAAUUACAACCUGUGGGUGAAAGGAAGGUCCAACAAACACACUGAGCUAUAUACUGACGACCCCGGAGAGCUAGCCUCGGAGGAAACAAUUGAACCUGAUGUUAAACUGAGUUCGGAAAACUUAACUGACCAAUCAGAGGAAUGGAAUCACGGUGUGCGCUCCUUGUCACCUUCAAUCAUUCAGCCAGCCCCGCACUGGUGGGAGAGGGGUCCAGAGGUCAUGACCUUUAUACCUCCGGCUCAGGAGACAAGCGUUACAGAUAGUGUCAGGGGAGAACUGGGGGUGGAGUUCCCGUAUGCCCUAGGGAAGCAGGUGGAGGAGUUGAUGGCCGACCACUGGGAGGAGAUGCAGAAAACAGGAAAAGUUGGCCGUAUAGAAGACUCUCGCUCUCAGUUCAACGCAAUGGUGGCCAAUGCUCAGCUUAACCUUGUGAAGAUCUCUAAGGCCUUCUAUGACCAGCGUUAUGACGGUUACGUGGAAAACAAAAAGCUUCACGAGUUAGAGAUGGUAAGAGCGGUUAUGGAAGCAUUUCAGGAUCCCCAAAUUUUAGACAGUCCCGAUGAGAGCUCUUCCAUUGUUAGCAGCGAGGACUUGAAUGAAACUUUAAUUGAUAACGAAUGCGAAGAAGAUUUGAAUGAGAUUCCUGCCAGUGAGAGAAUAACAAAAACAAUGAUGACAAGACUGAAAACUAACUCAGUGAAGACAGAGCCAAGAACAGGCGAUGAAGAUAUUGUUGAGUUGUUAGAGGAAUGGCCACGGAAGAGUCGUAGACGUAUUUUGUGUGCUAAAACUCGGGAAACGUCAGACGACGAAGAAAUGAGCAGUUUGAGUGGCUCCAACUCAUCGGACGAAUACCAACCACCCCCUCUUAAGAUUAACUCUGCAAGUUUUGAAAUGAGGAAAACACCCGCUGCUAUGAAAGGAGAGUUGGCAGAUAAACAUUUUGUACAGGGAGGUACUCCAAAAGGCGUUUUAUCAUCACAAAGUGAAGCAUCUCCCUCUCGGGUAAGGGGGCCUCGGAAACGUGUGCGUUUUGAGUCUCCACCUGAGUUGACUGUGAAAAAACGGAAACUUGAUCCAUCACACAGUAAACAUGUACCAAGAAUGAACAUGGGUACCUCGAGGCCUAAAGAGACACUCAACCUAGAACGUUCCCAAGAUGGGUCAACGGGACGUGAAGUCAAAGCACGUCACCAAUGAGCCAGAGAGUCCAAUCAGAGUAAAGGUACAGGUCAUGUGACUCUCUUACGCACACCACUAAACUAGCACUGAAAACUGAACCUAUCAAUCGUACAUGAACAGUCAUCUAUCAUUAAUUUGCUUCUGCCAUAAUUAAGAUCUGUGACAAGUAAUGUGCACUGUACAUGCAGGCCUGUUAAUGGCG